AAAACUGGAAGGAGGCGCAGGAAGCAACCAGUGUCCGCCAAGGUGGUGGUCGUCGAUGUGUGCAGUGUGCAGCAACGACGCAGAUAUGUCUCCGUGGGCUUUUCCGGAACAAAAAUUCGCCUGCAACUCGACACCGCCUCAGACAUCACCGUCAUUAGCAGGGAGAUUUGGCGGAGCAUUGGCAGUCCUGCGUUAUCGUCAGCAACGGUGAAGGCGAAGACGGCAUCUGGCAGCAUACUAUCGCUCGAUGGGGAGUUCGAGUGCGACGUCACCAUCGGAAGCAGUACACGACGUGAGCUCAUCCGUGUAACCGAGAAGCAGCUGCAGUUACUCGGAUCCGAUUUGGUCGACAGUUUCAACCUUUGGGCCGUCCCUAUGGACACCUUCUGUUGCCACGUGUCUGGAACGCCAGUGUCGACAGGUGCACUCAAGUCGUCUUUUCCAGAGGUCUUCAGCGAGAAGCUCGGCUUGUGCACCAGAACAAAAGUGAAGUUGGAGUUGAAAGAAAACGUUCGACCCGUCUUCUGUCCGAAGCGUCCGGUAGCUUACGCUAUGUAUGAUACCGUUGAUCGCGAGCUCGACCGGCUAGAGAAAUUGGACAUCAUCACCCCGGUCGAUUAUUCGGAGUGGGCCGCUCCGAUCGUCGUAGUCCGCAAGUCCAAUGGCUCCAUCAGGAUUUGCGGAGACUACUCAACGGGUCUGAAUGCAGCUCUCCAAUCACAGCAGUAUCCACUUCCACUUCCGGAUGACAUCUUCGCCAAGCUGGCUAAGUGUAAAAUCUUCAGCCAGAUAGAUUUGUCCGACGCCUUCUUACAGGUGGAAGUUGACGAGCAGUACCGUAGUUUGCUGACGAUCAAUACGCAUCGUGGUCUCUACCUCUACAACCGCCUGCCGCCGGGUUUGAAGAUCGCGCCUGGCGCAUUUUAGCAGCUCAUCGACACAAUGUUAGCCGGACUGAAGGGCACUUCUGGCUACCUCGAUGACGUCAUCGUCGGCGGAGAAACUGAAGAGGAGCACGACCUCAAUCUACGGGGUGUCCUGAAGCGAAUCCAAGAUUUCGGAUUCACGAUUCGUGUUGACAAGUGUUCGUUUCGCAAGCAGCAAAUCCGAUACUUGGGGCACAUCGUCGACAGUCGCGGGUUGCGACCAGAUCCGGCGAAAAUCGAGGCGAUCACCAAGCUGCCGCCUCCAGCCGAUGUAUCCGGUGUGCGAUCGUUUUUGGGGGCCAUCAACUACUACGGCAAGUUCGUCCCCAACAUGCGCAUGCUACGCUACCCGCUCGACAAUCUCCUCAAGGUGGAGACGAAGUUCAGCUGGAGUCCGGAGUGCCAGAAAGCGUUCGACCGGUUCAAGCAGAUUCUCUCGUCGGAUCUUCUCUUCACACACUACGAUCCGAAGCGGGAAAUCAUCGUUUCUGCUGACGCUUCAUCCGUUGGACUUGGGGCUACCAUUAGCCAUAGGUUCCCAGAUGGAACCAUCAAGGUGGUCCAACAUGCAUCCAGGGCGCUCACGAAGGCAGAACAGGGCUACAGUCAGCCCGAUCGCGAAGGUCUGGCCAUCAUCUUCGCCGUCACGAAGUUCCACAAAAUGCUCUUCGGACGGCACUUCCGUUUGCAAACCGAUCAUCGCCCGCUGCUUCGUAUCUUCGGCUCUAAGAAGGGAAUUCCAGUGUACACUGCGAACCGCCUGCAACGCUUCGCCCUCAACUUGCUGCUCUACGACUUUGAGAUCGAGUACGUGUCCACUGAGAAGUUCGGCAACGCAGACCUGCUCUCCCGGUUGAUCGACCAGCACAUCAAGCCUGAAGAGGACUACGUCAUCGCGAGUCUCAAUCUGGAAGAGGAUAUUAGGUCAGUAGUAAUCAAUACGGUUAAAGUGUUGCCUCUCAAUUUCAGAGUCGUUGCGCAAAGCACCCAAGCAGAUCCGCUGCUCCGUCAAGUCCACCGCUACGUUCAGAACGGCUGGCCCCAGUCAACACUCGAUGGGUCAGAACUUCGCCGGUUCCAAUCAAGGCAGGAAUCGCUCUCUGUGGUGGAUGGGUGUAUUUUGUUUGCCGAACGACUCGUCAUUCCGUCGCUGCAUCGGAAACGGUGCCUCGAACAGCUGCACCGUGGCCAUCCGGGCAUGCAGCGAAUGAAAGCCAUCGCUAGGAGCUACGUGUACUGGCCUACGUUGGAUGCUGACAUCGUCAGCUUCGUCAAGGCAUGCCAGCAGUGUGCGUCUGUAGCUCGAUCACCUCCUCACUCUCCACCGGUGCCGUGGCCCAAAUCGACCGCUCCGUGGCAACGCGUCCACGUCGACUUCGCCGGUCCAAUCGAAGACGACUACUACCUGCUCGCUAUCGAUUCGUUCUCUAAGUGGCCCGAGAUCAUCCGAACGACCCGCAUCACCUCUGCUGCGACCAUCAGCAUCUUGCGUGGGUUGUUCGCGCGGCUGGGUAUGCCCGUAACCUUGGUCAGUGAUAACGGUACCCAGUUUACCAGCGCCGAAUUCGCCGAUUUCUGCGCUUCCAAUGGCAUCGAGCACCUCACGACAGCACCGUUUCAUCCACAAUCAAAUGGCCAGGCGGAACGAUUUGUGGAUACCUUCAAGCGACCCGUCAAGAAAAUUCGAGAGGGGAGAGGAUCCAUUGAAGAAGCACUGGAUGUCUUCUUGCUGACGUACCGAAGCACGCCCAGUCGUGCUCUGCCGGAUCAGAAGUCGCCAUCUGAGAUCAUGUUUGGCCGCAAAAUCCGAACGUGUCUCGAGCUUCUGCGUCCACCACCGGUACGUGUCCCAGUACCAACCGACGAUGACCGCAAGCAACCGAGGUCCUUCAACCGAAACGAGACCGUGUACGCCAAACUAUAUGGUCGUACCGGUUGGAAGUGGGCUCCUGGUGUCGUCGUCGAGAAGAUCGGAGACGUUAUGUACAACGUGUGGGUCGAAGAUCGCCGAAUGCUACGCUCGCAUAUCAACCAACUUCGGAGUCGCCUUGCUGCUGGCGCGAUACCGAAGCAACCCACUGUACAUGCCACCUUAAACCAACAUUCGCUGCCGCUGGACAUUUUGCUGGAUGCCUGGGAUCUCCCAAGCCAAUCACCAGGUCCAUCUUCACCAGAGCCUGUCUCCAGUGCUGAGAGAACCAUGGUAGAUUCCGGGCCGACUCUUGCAACGUCUACGCCACGUCAUGAGGUCUCGGCGUUCGUCCCGUCAUCAGCAUCGUCAUCAUCAACAACAACAACGCCAACAUCGACAGAGUUCGAGUCCGCUGUCGAAGUAGAACUAGCUGUAGACAUCCCUAGGCGCUCUUCACGACUACGAAGACCGCCAGUAAGGCUUACAGCACAGCACAAACACAAGAACAGCAAAGAGGUGCCGAGGAAUGUUUAUUGUUUUUGUGUACAAGUGGAUGAUAAAUCCGAUGAACAAUUAGAAGCUUUCGCCGAGUGGUGCCAACUAAACCGCAUGUCUCUCAAUGCAUCGAAAUGCUCUAUAAUUUCAUUCGGUAGACAACGUGCAUUGAUUCAACACAACUAUGUUCUAUCGGGGAUAAGCUUGAAACGGGAAUCGACGGUCAAGGAUCUUGGAUUACUACUUGAUUCCAAGCUUACAUUCAAGGACCACGUCGCCUACGUGGUGUCGGAAGCUUCAUCUCAACUCGGGUUCAUGUUCCGCUUCGCCAAAGAAUUCAAGGAUAUAUAUUGCCUUAAGGCUUUGUACUGUUCUUUGGUUCGACCAAUACUGGAAUACUCGGCUGUAGUGUGGUGCCCAUACUACCAAAACGAGGUGAACCGCAUCGAAGCAAUCCAACCAAAGUUUAUCCGUUUCGCUCUGAGGCAUCUUCCUUGGAAUGACGUCCACAACUUGCCCAGCUACAAAAGUCGUUGCAUGUUAAUACACUUGGAAUCACUUGAGGCGAGACGUACCAUCACGAUGGCAUGCUUCAUUGGCGACCUGUACUUCGCUGUUAAGCUGUUUUAA